UGCAUCUAUAUAAUCUAUAUCCUUAAGUGUUGAAUAUAAGCAAAACAUUACCUAAAUUUCUUAUUAACUGGGUGUUUUAAAUGUGCACCCGAAGUUAAUUAAUUAUUAAUACCUAAAUACACAAUGGCUUUCCCUACUGAAGUUAAACAAGCGUAAAACAUGUAAUGUUUAAAAUCCUGUGCAACUCUUCCAAUGUUAGUUUAAAGCAAUAAAUAUGAUUAAACGACGUUUUCGUUUUCCACAAUUAGUGAUCGUUGUUGACGCGAACAAAGGACAGCAAUAAUAAUUUUCCAUGUUCACCCUUAUCAUGUACCGAGAAUAAACUUUUUUUGAACCGUUAUGUACUCGCCGGACAAAAUGAUGGGCUCGAAGGGCCCUACUGGAUUACAUGGACCGAUUACGACGACGGGAGCCUGUUUUCCGGGCAGAUACUCACCGACCUAUAGAAGUCCGGAACCUAUGGGAAGGCGAUGUAUGCCCAAUCCGUCGAGUCGAAUACUAGAGGAUGCUUCAAUUAUGUGUAAUUCGUGGUCGCCUAAAUAUAAUUUAUACGAAGGAAUGAAUAAGAUUCACAUGUAUAAUAGAGAUCAGGGCGAUUUAUUCUCCGGACUCAACGAUGGACUGAUUAGUAGGGCGGAAGCCCUCGCCGCCGUAGACAUAAAACAUCAAGGUACCGGCGGCCCUGCAGGACUUCCACAAUUGAAACACGACAUGAUGUACCAUCAUGGCAUGGGAGCGCCUCCACCUGUUAGCCGACCGCAGAUGGGGCACAUGGAUGGAUUAGAGAUGCUCGACCCUAUAUCCACCUCAUCGAUGACAACGUUAACCCCGAUGUCCGAAACUCCAACCCACAUGCAUUCGUACGGCAUGAACCACGUAAUGAAUCACCACCAUCACCACGGCGGCCCACUUUCCGGCCACGGCGGACCAGGUCACCAUCCGGGUCAUCACACCGGUCAUCCCGGACCCCAUCAUCCUGCAAUGGCUGCCGCCGCGGCGGCGGUCGCGGGCUUGCAUCCCGACGCAGACACGGACCCUAGGGAGUUAGAGGCGUUCGCGGAAAGGUUUAAACAAAGAAGAAUAAAGUUAGGUGUGACGCAGGCGGACGUUGGGAAGGCGUUAGCUAAUUUAAAGUUACCGGGUGUCGGUGCGUUAUCGCAGUCGACGAUUUGUCGCUUCGAAUCGCUGACGUUAUCGCAUAACAACAUGAUAGCGUUAAAGCCGAUCCUGCAAGCGUGGCUGGAGGAGGCGGAGGCGCAGGCGAAGAACAAGCGAAGAGAUCCGGACGCUCCCAGUGUGCUUCCAGCCGGAGAAAAGAAGAGGAAACGAACGUCGAUAGCGGCGCCCGAAAAGCGAAGCCUGGAGGCGUACUUCGCGGUGCAGCCGCGACCUUCCGGAGAAAAAAUCGCGGCGAUCGCCGAAAAGUUAGACUUAAAAAAGAAUGUGGUGCGCGUAUGGUUUUGUAAUCAACGACAAAAGCAGAAAAGAAUGAAAUUUGCCGCGCAACACUGACAUGACGUGAAUUUUUCGGGAUUUCCCAUCAAUUAGAAAGCCUUUUGUAAAUGAUGUGUGGGGGACGUGUACAAAUUAGUUUUAAAUGAAAGGACCAUUUUGCAUUCCAUCGUCAUUAUUUUGCUCAAAGCACUAUAUAUAAAAUAUAACAUGAUAAAAUUGUGAUCACUUCCUAAGUUCUAAGAGAAAAGCGCGUUCGCCAAAUUUCAGCGUUUUUUGCUUCAAUUUGUGCGAUCGAUGCUAAUUAAUCCUCUGUAAAUACUAAUUAGUACAACUUUUAUACAAUUUUAAUCACAUAACUGUCUCCUAGUCGAUGUAAAAAGUAACAAAACGUGUAAAUACUAAAUGUAGUAAGUGAGCAACGUUCUAGUCAUUGUAUAGUCAAUAUUGAUGGCCCAUAGCACAGCAGUAUUAAGAUGAAAUGAACAGUAUUUUCGACAACUAAACGAUCUCAAGUGAUAUAUCAAUUUAUUUGUAGUAUAUAAAGAAAUUAUUUAAAAGUGCAAUAUAUAUUUUAGGCAAUAUUAUGUUUUUAUUUGUUUGUACAUUUUUAAUAUGUACAUAAGAAGUUUUCUACUUUGUUUUACAGUUAUAUGUAAAGUGAGCAAUAACAAGUGCAAAUACAUGUGAAAACAAGAAACGUUUCAAAAAGAAGCAUAGAACAGGGUAAGAGGACAUAUCACUUAAAUAGAUCUAGAGAGAAACAGAAAACAAACUAUCGCAUACAUAUCAAUUUACGGUAGGAUAAGUUUAUUUCUCCUACAGAAGGUGUACAUAAAUAAAGCAGAAGUCCUUUUCGUUGCCUCGUUUGUUAUAUUAUUUAUUUUCUUUGUUAUUUCUUCAUUCAGAAGUUGCUUAAAUGUAAAGAAUUUAAAAAGUACAAAGGUAACCGCGAUACGUUAAGCUCAAACCCUUUUAGUUACUCUGAAGUUGUCUAUUUGUUUAAUUUCAAUACUGAAUGCCCUUAUGUACAUCAUUUUCCA